AUGCAGAACUACGGCCUUGUAAGGCGGGGCGCUGCCAACGCUGUCCUGGAAGCCAUACCCACUCCCAAGCUACAGGACGACUACAUUUUAGUCAAGACCGUCACCAUCGCCCUGAACCCUACGGACUGGACCACUUUGGAGGCGGUUGGCGAUGACGGUACGAUCGUCGGCUGUGACUACGCUGGAAUUGUGGAGGAGGUUGGCAAGGCGGUAAGGAGGCCAUUCAAGAAAGGAGAUCGCAUCGCCGGCUUCGGUCACGGGGGUAACGAUGGCAAUCACGAACAUGGUACCUUCGCCAGGUACAUCGCAGUGAAGGGUGACCUCCAAUUUCACAUACCAGACAAUGUCACUUUUGAAGCUGCAUGCACCGUAGGUGUGGGUGUGAUUACGACCGGGUAUGGUCUUUAUCACGUCCUCAAGCUGCCUCUUCCGGACGCGAUCUCGGAACCCGCCAAUACGCCAAUUCUCAUCUAUGGUGGAAGUACGGCCACCGGUACACUGGCCAUACAAUUCGCCAAAAUGUCUGGCAUGCAGGUCGUCACCGCUUGUUCGCCCAAACAUUUCGAUGUCGUGAAGAGACUAGGGGCGGACCUGGUCUAUGACUAUCACAUGAACAAUGUCGGCGAACAGAUCAGACAAGCCACCAGGGGUCAAUUGAGGGCCGUCUUCGACACCGUUAAUGUGGAGUCCUCUGCGGCCAUCUGUGCGGCGGCCAUCGGGCCAGACGGGGGCUCUUAUUGCAACCUUCUUGGCCUGGAUUGUCCGCGAACAGACGUUACGUCAACCUUCUUCCUGGGAUACUCUGUAUCAGGGGAAUCGUAUAUCUUUGAGGGGGAAAAGUACGACGCUCGUCCGGAAGAUUUCGAGUUUGCCUCCAAGUUUGUACCCACGGCCAAUCGAUUGUGGGCCGAGGGGAAGUGGACGCCUCAUCCUCAGAGACUUGGGGCUGGGGGGUUGCUGGGCGCGAUCAGCGGUAUGCAGGACAUGAAGGCAGGCAGGUAUAGUGGAGAGAAGCUAAUCUAUCGUGUUGACGAGACGAGUUGGCCUCAAGACACCGCCAACCUGAAUACCUAG